AUGAAGCGAUUUACUUCCAUCAGCAGGCAACCAGGAGGCUUGCUCAUGGGCAGCAGCAAUCCAAACGUAAUUCCGAAGAGACCCUUCAAAACUGUACUCUGUGGGAUCCAUCAACCAAUGAUGACGAUCCAUUCUAAUAGUAGAAGCAACAGCAAUAGCCUCUCCUCAUCAACUCAUGUUUUACAUUCCAAAUUCAACAGCCACACUACCCUAUUGAAAACACUUCAUCCCGAAUCAUCAAACUUGUUGUUAAAGCAAACAUUUUCAACAACCUUCCAUGUUUCAAACAAUGAAGGUAACAAUGAUGAUAACGAUUCACAUCGCAAUAAAACAAAGAAGCCCGGAAAAUCAAAGCAAGAGGACAGACAUUCCGAGAAGGAAGAUAAAACCAGUGAAAUUAAUCGAAGAUUUGAUGAUUAUGAAGCUUCUUCUAAAAAGAAGAAGGACGACAAGACCUCAAAAAAACCACAUGAAGAAGAAACAAAAGCACCAUCGUCCGAUUCAUCAACCAACGAAGAUGUCAUUGAUGAUGAUGCCGAGCAUGAGAAGGAAAUUGAAAAACUCUUUGAAAACGAAAUGGAGCAAGAGAAUAAGGAAGUGGUCCAUCCAGAACAACAUUCUUCUCAUCAGACCAACAAGUCUCUACAACCUGUUAAGCCAGCGGAACAAUCGAUUGCAAGCUUUUUUGCCACUCCAACACCUCCGAUGGUGGAGGUUGUUCCUCUCUAUAAGAAACCUGCAUUUCCAGGAACCAUCAUUCCCAUAUUCAUUACAGACAUGAAGUUCAUUCAAUCCAUGUUGGAGAGUGGCUUCCACGAAAAGUUGGUGGGUCUCUUCUUGGUCAAAGAUCCCGUAAAGAGAGAUCAAUUGCAGAAUAUUACAUCCAUUAAGGAUAUCGAACAAGUGGGUACAUUGGCCAAAGUUACACGAGUGGUUCCAGCAAGAGGUGGAGCAUCUGUUGUUUUUGCAGCCAUACGAAGAAUUAAAAUUACUGGCUCUGUCCCAGAAGCAAAGCGAGUGUCAGCCAAAAUUGAGGAACUUCCAACAAAGAAGGUCGACAAGAAUGAUCUCAGUGUAAAGGCACAUGUAAUGGAAAUAUUCCAACAAAUCAAAGAAUUUUUAUCUCGCUUGGAUCCCGUGCAAAGAGAGCAAUUGAACAUGAUUCUGGAACAGUUGGAUCAUACAGACCCAGCCGAGUUGAGUGACAUUGCUGCUAUAUUAUCGUCACAUGAUCCUGACAAGUUGCAAGAUGUUUUACAAACACAAGAUAUUCGAGAACGACUUGUCAAAUCUUUAGAAAUUCUUAAAGCUGAAGUGGAAACUAAAAAGAUUCAAGAAAAAAUUCAAAAAAAUCUCGAAGAAAAACUCAAUAAGCAACAACGUAAAUUAUAUCUCACUGAACAAUUGAAAAUUAUCAAACAAGAACUUGGUCUGGAGAAAGAUGCUAAAGAAGAAUUGUACAAAAAAUUCAGCUCGCUCGCCAAUGAAAUCAAAAAGAAGGAUGUACCAGAAAUUAUCAAAACAACACUUGAUGACGAGUUGAACAAAUUUUCAACGCUCGAUCCUCACUCGAGUGAAUACACCAAUGUGAGGAAUUAUUUAGAUUGGUUGACUUGCCUUCCAUGGCAAACCUUUUCAAAGGAAAACUUUGAUUUAGCAAGCGCAGCCAAAAUUCUAGAUCGAGACCAUUAUGGCUUGCAAAAGGUUAAAGAAAGAAUUUUGGAAUUUAUUGCUGUCGGAAAGUUGAAGAACACCUUGAAAGGUAAAAUUAUUUGUCUUGUUGGACCUCCAGGUGUUGGUAAGACAAGUAUCGGCAAAUCAAUUGCUGCUGCUCUGAAUAGAGAAUUCCAUAGAUUUAGUGUUGGUGGCCUGUCUGACGUUAGCGAAAUUAAGGGUCACAGAAGGACCUACAUUGGAUCCAUUCCAGGUAAACUAAUUAAUAUUAUGAAGUUGGCGAAAUCAAGCAAUCCUGUCAUCAUGAUUGAUGAAAUUGACAAACUGGGUAGAAGUCAUCAAGGAGAUCCAGCAAGUGCUUUGUUAGAAGUGCUCGAUCCCGAGCAAAAUCAUUCAUUUGUAGAUCACUAUUUAGAUGUUCCCUAUGAUCUAAGCAAUGUUUUAUUUAUUUGUACAGCAAAUGUUCUGGACACCAUACCAGGACCACUUCUAGACAGAAUGGAAGUUCUUCGUUUGAGUGGUUAUGUCUUGGAUGAGAAACUUCACAUUACCAGAAAUUAUUUACUUCCAAAGAAGGUUGAAGAGACUGGUCUCCUUUCCAAAAAGACAAAGAAACCUCUCUUGACUUUGGAUGAUUCUCUCAUUGAGAAACUCAUCAAGGAACAUUGUAGAGAGGCAGGUGUAAGAAAUUUAGAGAAACACAUUGAAAUGAUUUGUCGAAAAGUUGCUCUUAAAAUUGCAAAAGACACCACCCAAAAGAGACCAGCAAUUUUCCAUUUGAAAGAAACUGAUUUGGAAGAAUUUGUCGGAAAACCUGUCUUUACAUCCGAUAGAUAUUAUUUAACAACUCCCAUUGGUGUCACCAUGGGUCUUGCCUGGACGAGCAUGGGAGGAUCAACCUUGUAUAUUGAAACGGUGGCAGAUAAGAUGUAUAGUGAACCUGAGAUUACCAAUGCUCCAUCUUCUACUGACAGCACAACGGCAAUGACCGCAUCAGUCACUCCGUCGCCGCAACCUCCUAAUGGAUCCUUGAAAUGUACAGGUCAAAUGGGUGAUGUCAUGAAAGAAUCAACCGCUAUUGCAUAUACCUACGCCAAGAAUCAUCUCUUCAACAUUGAUCCAAAGAACGAUUUCUUUAGAAAGACACACAUCCAUAUGCACAUUCCAGAAGGAGCUACUCCAAAAGAUGGUCCAUCGGCUGGUGUGACCAUGGUUACUUCAUUAUUAUCACUUGCAUUGAAUAGACCAGUCAAGCAUAAUCUUGCCAUGACUGGAGAGUUGACCAUCACAGGAAAGGUUCUCACUAUUGGAGGAGUGAAAGAAAAAGUCAUUGCCGCAAAACGUUCUGGAGUUUCUGAAGUCAUUAUGCCUUCAGGAAAUAGAAGAGAUUGGGACGAAUUGGAUAAAACAAUUACUGAAGGAGUGAAGGUGCAUUUUGUAGAUUAUUACAGCGACGUUUUUAAGAUUGCGUUCGAAUAUGAUGAGGCUGAAAACCAGGCAGCCAUCGAGAAGGAUCGUAAGUCCGGAAACUUGAUGGAUCUCUCUUCUUAA